GCAUAUUCGCACUCACACUGGAGAACGUCCGUAUAGGUGCAAAGAUUGCGGCAAAAGUUUCUCCCAAAAAGGAAACCUUAACACCCACGCAAAAACUCACAACACAUUGAAGCCAUUUGCUUGCAAUUUUUGCACAAAACGUUUCUCUUCGAAGCGUAGCUUGAUGAGUCACUUGACAUCUGAACAUGUGUAGUUUGAAGGUUGUUAUUCUUGUGCAAUGCUUUAACUAAAAGAAUAUCAUGAAAUAAUGUUUGCUGUAGCUAUUUAUUUUUCAUUGUAUUAUGAUGCAUUCGAUUGUGGAGUAAUUACAUUGAAAUGGAUAAAUGAAAGUGUUUUUUCAUUCUGUUGAUGCUUCAAACUCUCUCUGUGGCCUAUCAGUUCUCAAAUGUGAAGUAUGUGGCAAACUUUUUUCAGCCAAAUCAACCCUCGAGAAGCAUAUGCGCAUUCAUACGGGAGAACGACCAUAUAGCUGUAAAGAUUGUGGUAAAAGCUUUGCUCAGAAAGGAAACCUUAAUACACAUCUUAAAAUUCAUACAGGAGAAAAACCAUUUGUUUGUGAUUUUUGCGGAAAACGCUUCACUUCAAAGAAUCGCCUGUUGUAUCAUGCAAGAACUAAACACUUGGAUUUUCUACUUUUAGGAAAAUUGGUUUUAUAUGGGGCUUCCAAUUCUAGUCUUGUCUCAACUGCCCACAAGUGUAGUAUCUGCGACAAAACAUUCACUGCUAGUUCUCUUCUUGAUAUACAUUUUCGUACCCACACUGGAGAACGCCCUUACAUUUGUGAAGAAUGUGGUAAAAGUUUUACUCAAAAAGGAAACCUUAAUAUACACGUGAAAAGUCACGCUGGAGUUAAAGCAUUUGCGUGCAAUGUUUGUAUGAAAAGAUUCUCUUCGAAACAGGGCAUGCUGAAUCAUGCAGCUACUAUACAUAGUCUUUAAUAUUAGGCAUUUUAUUUCUAGUUGUAAUUUCUAUGCUAUGCCUUCAUUAAAAAAUUGAACUUAAAUUGCAGUUGAAUCCAGGUGUUCUGAAUGGGUUUUUUUCUGUGCAAUAUUAACAUUAUUUAUUAGAAUAUUUUAUUCUUAUUUGAUUUUUAGUGAUGCUUGUCAACCAACAAUCUUGACUUUUUCAAACAGUUCUAAUCUUUCUUUCUUGUAUUGUAUGUGGAAUAAUUUUUUUUACCCCCUUUCUUUUCCUGUAAAUCAUUUGAACUCAAUAUGUAUUCUAUUUAGAAUUUUUCAAUAAAAGAAUAACUGGUUUUCA